UCCCCAAUUUCAUCAUCCACGUAUUCAUCAUCAUCAUCCUCAGAAUCUCAAUCAUCAAGAUUAUCAACAUUUAAAGAUCUUUCUGUAAUAUUUUCCAUUGUAACAUUAACAUAUUUUGCAGUGGAUAAUUAUAGAUCCCGUAUUGGAUUAGAAGCUAGAGUUUUAGAACAACAAAUGAAUAAUAUGAAGGCAUUAGCAUUGACACAAAAUAAUUAUAAUAAUCAAAGAAGGAAAAGAGAAACUCAAGUAUUGAAUGAAAGAAGAAAUGCUCAGAAAAGAGAGAUGAAGAUGGUUUAUCAUAUUUCCAUGCUGAGAAAGCAAUUGAUUGAUGCUGGUUUAAAGCCAGUGGAAAUUGAUGAAGCAAUUUCUGAAUUUGAAAAGAAUGUAAAGAUGGAGAAUUCAAUAAGUAAUGUAUCAGGAACUGCAUUAUGGGUCAUUGAUGAAUCUCGUGAGUAUAAUUAA